AUGACGUUGACUUCAUCCCGUUUCCCUGUAGUGCUGAAGCUGGGCCAUGCCCACGGCGGAAUGGCCAAAAUCCGCGUGGACAACCUGAGCGAUUUCAGCGACGUCGCCGGCGUGGUCGCCCUGGCGAACACAUACUGCACCGUCGAGCCCUACAUCGAUGCCAAAUUCGAUGUACACAUUCAGAAAAUCGGAAACAACUAUAAGGCAUUUAUGCGCAAAUCAAUUUCUGGAAACUGGAAAACCAACCAGGGCUCCGCCAUGCUCGAGCAAUUAGGCAUGACGGAACGUUAUAAACACUGGAUAGAUGAGGUGUCCGAUCUCUUCGGAGGUUUAGAAAUCUGUGCCCUCGAGUUGGUCGCCGGUAAAGACGGUCGCGAGCACAUAAUAGAAGUGAACGACUGCGCGCUCAGCCUGAUGGGAGACAGCCAGGAGGAGGACAGGCGGUUGAUCGCUGAAUUGGUUGCCACGCGGAUGCAGAACAUUUGCCGACCGCCUUUACCCAAAACCGGUACCGGCGUCCCGUUAGGCACGCGAUCAAGCGUAUCUAGCCGAGGCGGAUCACCGACCGAAGACCACUUGCCGCCCGUGCCGGAUCGCCCGGACCGCCAGUCGAUUAGCUCGGAGCCCCCGAGCGAACCGCCGCCGCCGCACCCGUUGCUGGGGACACUGGGACGGCGAGAUUCCCAAGCUUCGCAGUCGUCAACCGUGAGCUCGGCCUCGGGUGCGAUUGGCAGCGGCGUCGGCGGCGGCGGCGGCCCCGGUCACGGCAUCGGCAUCGGCCCGCGCGCCCCGUCGCUCGGCCAGCGUCAGCCCUCGCAGCAAGCCUCCGCUCCUGAGGAUUCAGAGGACACAAUGAAAAACUUGCGGAAAACGUUCGCCGGCAUUUUCGGCGACAUCUCGGAGCCCCCGAGCGAACCGCCGCCGCCGCACCCGUUGCUGGGGACACUAGGACGGCGAGAUUCCCAAGCUUCGCAGUCGUCAACCGUGAGCUCGGCCUCGGGUGUCGGCAUCGGCCCGCGCGCCCCGUCGCUCGGCCAGCGUCAGCCCUCGCAGCAAGCCUCCGCUCCUGAGGAUUCAGAGGACACAAUGAAAAACUUGCGGAAAACGUUCGCCGGCAUUUUCGGCGACAUGUAA